AUGAUAUGUCAGACGAGGAGGCUGCCGAGAUCAUCAACGAGGUGCAGGAUAUAUGCACUGUGGACUGUCGAGAUACGCAAGGGAAGUGGAUGAUCGUAUACGUGCGGCUGAGAUUUGUGGCGAUCCUUCAAUGAAUGCGUCCAAGGACCAGAGCGGGUCCCGUGUAGGUUCGAGUCCGUGGCCAGGCGGAACGACAUGAAGCCUAGUGAAGCCGCUGGAGGGGCUGCGGCAGAAGCCCUGAUAAACAGGGCUGUGCUGGAUUAUGUAAUAUGACAUCAGAUCAGGAGCUCUAGAUAGUACGUCACACUGCGGCGACCACUACAAGACGAGCCCGUCCCGUCCAACGCCAUCCAAUCUCCAUCACAAUGACCACCCACGCUGUAAACGUUUCCAACCUUGCCCCCACGACGACGGAGGACCACCUCCGUGAUUUCUUCACAUUUUGUGGAAAGAUCGUCGCGAUCGACCUCCACAACACCGAGCCCAAGACUGCGGUCGUCCACUUUGAAAAGCCCUCCGCCGCCAAGACCGCCCUGAUGCUCAACGGCGGCACUCUGGACGGCGCUCAACUAACAGUCACGUCCGACACCACCCACCACGACGAAGAGCACGAGGAGCCCGCCGCGGGCGACCACAUCGAGCAGGAGCACAAGCCCCGCGCCGGCAUCGUCGCCGAAUACCUCGCAAAGGGCUACACGCUCUCCGACAGCAUCCUCGAGCGCGCGAUCAAGAUGGACACCGAGAAGGGCAUCUCGCAGCGCUUCCUCGCCUACUUCAACUCGCUCGACAAGACCAUCGGCUCGAAGGCCCUCGGCGAGAACCAGACCGUGUCCGCGAAGGUGCAGAGCGCCGUCAGCGCCGCCACGCAGCAGGCCAAGGCCGUCGACGAGCAGAAGGGCAUCACGAAGAGCGCGACCGAGUACUACUCGAAGGCGCUCGCGUCGCCGUGGGGCCAGAAGGUCCGCCAGUUCUACACAACCACGAGCAAGCAGGUGCUCGACAUCCACGAAGAGGCUCGCCGUAUCGCCGACCAGCAGAAGGCGAGCGGUACCGCGCCCGCGCCUGCUGCACCUACCGCUCCUGGUAGCGCUGGCGCCGGUAUCACCGGUGGGCCUGCUACGACCGACCCGACUGCCCCCGCUACAACCGUGGUCUAAGGAAGGGGUAUAUUUGGAAAUUAAUGAAUCAGACGAAAUUGUACGAUCGGAAGUAAAUGUACUCUGUUGGAUAUGAUAGUGCUCAGACGUUAUUAAUGGAUACCUGCCACUGUUC